AUGGCCGGCAGUAUUCAUGUGGGGGCUUUACCCCUCCGCACCCCCGGCCUGUCUUCUCAGCCUCCAGCUGGACUCUCUGAAGCCGACCAGAAGUUUGCAGAGGAAUAUCUAGAGCACUUCUAUGGCUACCGGUCUGAGUCGGACAGACCAAAGAGGGCUGUGGAGUCCGGCAAAGAUUUGGACAAGAAGGUGCGUCUCAGCGAAAAGGUCAAGAAAAUGCAGCGCUUCUUUGGUUUUCCUCCCAGUGGAGAACUUAAUGCAGAGACUCUUGCAGUUAUGAAAAAGCCACGCUGUGGACUGUCAGAUGUGGAGCAGUUUGGAGAAACAUUUCGCUGGAAAAAUCGCAUAAUCAGCUACAGGAUUACCAAAGGACACAUCCCAUUCCCAGCUGAACAGAUCCACAAAGUCUUCAGGACAGCAUUGAAGCUCUGGUCUAAUGUGGCUUUUCUAAAAGUUUGCAAGGCGAAAAGGGAACAUUCUGACAUUGAUAUCUCAUUUGUCAGUGGUGAUCAUGGAGAUGGUGCAGUUUUUGAUGAUAAAGGUGGAAUUUUGGCUCAUGCCUUUCUGCCCAGCUCUGACAUCGGAGGGGACGUGCACUUUGAUGCUGAUGAGGAGUGGAGUUUGAAUACUACUGGUACCAGCCUACCUGUCGUAGCAGCCCAUGAAUUUGGCCAUGCGCUUGGCCUGUCUCACUCACCUGACAUCGGGGCCAUCAUGUUCCCAGCAUACAACUCUGCACCCAAUUAUAAACUGCAACUCUCUCUUAGUGAUGUCACAGAUAUCCAACAACUCUAUGGUGAGUAUAUUUCACGACUCUCUAAAAGGCCUCCUCCAAGAACACCUGACAAAUGUGAUCCACAUCUGUCCUUCGAUGCUGUGACAGGAUUACAACAAGAGCUUGUGUUUUUCAAAGACAGUCUCACAGCCUCUCCAUCCCUCUCCCCCUCGCCGUGCCGCUGCACCCUGCUGCCCACCUCCUCGCUCUCCACCUGGCUGUCCCAACCAAUCAUUAGAGAGAGACUGGCGAACCGCUGUUCCUCCCCGAACCCAGCGCAAGAAGGGGAGAACCUCUCAAGCGGAGGAAAAGCUCAGCCCUCAGUCGCCAGAGGAGUGGCGGAGAAUUUUGCUGGGGGGAGGUACCUGUGCCUAUCAGAGGAGCAGCCCAGCUCUCGUUCACUGGAGGAGCGAGGGGGGAGUUCGCUGGGUGAGAGGAACCCAUGCCCCCACUUGCUGGAGGAACAGUACAGCCCUCCCUCGCUGGAGGGGCUGGAACAGUGGCAGGCUUCCUUCUCCUGCUACAGCCCCGACUCCAGGCUCUUCCGCUGCAGCUCUGGUACCCAGUUCUCCCGCUGCAGCCCUGGUCCUUGA